AUGACAAGACUCAAGUUUAAUAAGCCGAUUAUUGCGUCGGUGACUAGUCCCAUCGUAACGAAGGAGCUUUUGAGUCGACUCCAAACUCUUCUGGAUGAACUUUCAAGUAUUGAUCAAGAUACCAUAGAUCGUAAAUCACUUGCCACAAUCAAAGAUGCCUUAGUCAACCGCAAGUUGUUACGCCAUGCUAACGCUGGUGUUCAAGCGCAUGUAUGCUGUUGUAUAUCCGAUAUCUUGCGUAUAUAUGCGCCAGAUGCCCCCUACACAGCUUCCGAGCUUUCUAUGAUUUUUAAAACAUUCUUUCUGCAAUUUAAAAAAUUAUCAAAUGAAGAGAAUCCAUAUUUCCAACAGCAAGCAUACCUUCUCAAACGAUUGGCAGAGGUAAGAUCUAUCAUUCUUGUAACUGAUCUUCCGGAUAGUGAAUCCUUAAUCGAGUCUAUCUUCAAUGUAUUCUAUGACUUAUCUGCGAAUUCUUUCCCAACUAGAUUGGAACCUUUAGCAGCUGAUAUUCUUGCAGAGAUUAUAUCAGAAUCUGAAGUGAUCCCACCAUCAGUCUUAAAACUUGUAUUGAACAAAUUAAUCACCCAUGAAUCGUCUUCGGCUUUAACUACCAAUUCUAAUAUCUCCAACCCAGCAUUCAACUUUUCGGUUUCCAUUUGUGAAAGUAAUGUUGAUAGAAUGUCUAGACAAGUAGCAAAGCUCUUUUCUGAGAUGAUAUAUGAAGGUAUUCCUGAAACUCAAGACGAAACUAAUAAUAAUAGUAACAUAACACUUGGUCAAUCAUUUGAAAUGCUUGACAAGUUGAAAAAAAUCCAUAAAUUAAUUGUUCAGAUUUGGAAGUAUGUUCCUGAAAUGUUGGUAGCAGUAAUGGGGUUAGUUGAUGAUGAAUUGAAGGCUGAAGAUGAAAAAAUCAGAAUUUUAGCCACAGAGACCAUUGGGAAAAUGAUUGCCCAUUCUAACUCGUCUACUACGACUCUUGUCAAUAGAGUGAGUUUCAUAGUAUCACAUAGAGAUACAUGGAUGAGUUGGUUAAAGAAAACAUUUGAUGUCUCACCUACAGUAAGAUGCAAAUGGGUGGAACAAAUUCCAAUAAUUUUCAGUACCACCAACGUAAUUGCCGUUGAGGCAACAAAUGAACUUAUAAAUGGACUCACCAAAUGCCUUCUUGACACGGAUGAAAGGGUUCGAUUCACAGCUUGUAAGAGUCUUAAUAAGAUUUCAUAUGAAGUAAUCUUGGAAAGAGUAUGCAAUAAGAACAUUUUGAAUACUCUUUUCCAAUUAAUAAGAGAAAAAAAUCAAGAAGUUAGAAAUGAGGCAUUGAAAAUACUUGGAAAUUUGUAUAAUGAAUAUCUUACUGCUAAAUCUAAGGGAGGGGAUGAGGUUGUGGCAUUGGGUAAAUCUACCAGUAAUGAAGAAGAAUUCAAGGAAUUGGAAGCUUUAAUAAUUGAAGGAAUCCCCAAUCACAUCAUGGCUCUUGUGUAUAUCAAUGAUAAACUGAUCACAUCUACUGUUGAUAUUACCAUAUUUGAAAAAUUACUUCCAUUUGAUACAAAUAAUGUCACGAGAGUUGGUCGAUUAUGUCAAUUCUAUGGUAGUUUGGAUGAAAAGGCAAAGAGUACGUUCAUAGCAAUUACUAAACGUCAGCAACAAGUGUCUAAUGUUUUAGAAAAAUUCGUGACAUAUGCUGGUUCAGUUUGUAAAACAGAAACUGAAGAUAAGGAAAAUACUGAAUUAACUGAUCAUGGGAAACUGGAUUCCUUAUCCAAAGUAGAUAAAAUCAUCUCCUGGAUCUGUGUUUCAUUACCAGAAGGUUUAAAUUCAUAUGCAUGUUUGGAAAGAUUCUACAGAUUGAAAAAUUUCAGAUGGUUUUAUUUAAUCAAGAUUUGUAUUUCUUCUGAAUCUGAUUAUGUAUCUGUGAAAAACUCAAUGAAGGAGCUUCUUACCAAAUUAAAUAAUCUGAAGAAUCUUAAGUUGGACGAUGACAAGACGACUAUUUCCACUACUGAUAUGAUUUCAAACUUAAAGUUAUUGAUGUACCGAUCAUCUCUGAUAAUAUAUAACAAGUCCAAUGUGGUUGAGUUAAUAAACUAUACCAAAGAUCCAGCCAACGGAUGGUACAAAGUUGCUAACGAAUUAUUAGAAAACAUCUCUGUGGUUGUACCUGAAGUAUUCAAGUUUCAAGUUGAAGAAUUAACAAAUUUAGUACUACAUGAUGAUGACAAUAAGACUGUUUUAUUGAAGACAAAUUAUCAUUUCAUUAAGAAAUAUCCUGAGUUAUUCCCAACUAAUAUUAGGUUCACUGAGAAAUUGAAAUAUUUAGCUAUCAAUGGGUCUGCAAAUGAAGCAAAGUAUGCCAUUAAGGUUAUUGGAUUGAGUAGCAAGAGAGAAAUAAUGUCAACAUCGAUUUUCAACAGUAUAUUCCCACUCGAUGUUCAAUCUUCAAAUUUGGUAGUAGGACUUUCCUCUAUCGCAGAAUUAUUCUUGCUGGAUCCAUUAUGUGUGGAAGAGUCUUCAGGAGAUAUCACUUCAUUCAUUAUCAAAGAGAUAUUGUUGAAAAACCGGGAACAUUGUGAAAACACCGAUAUUUGGAUUGAAGACCUGCAACUUGAAUUACAUCCAAUACUUCUUGAGAAAAUUCUUGCGUUGAAAAUAUUUGUCAAUAGAUUGCGUUCUUUAGAAACUGAUAAGGAAUCUGAUCUAGUUACAGUUGCACAACCUGUUCUCAAACUCUUAAUUUCUCUCAUUGGUAAUGGAGGUGAAAUUGUUUCAGAAGGAGGCACACCUAAGGCAUACCAAGAGAAAUUGAGACUUACUGCCGGAUUACUUCUUUUGAAACUAGCUAAAACAUCAGCAUUUGAUGAGCUCAUCAGUCAAGCCAGUAUCAACAGAUUGAUAUUCUUAUUACAGGAUCAAAAUGAAAAUGUAAGAAUUGGAUUUUUAAAGAAAUUGGAAAAAUAUCUUUCAUAUGAUCUUAUUUCAGAAAGAUUCUUACCUCUUGUAUACUUCAUGGGUCAUGAACCAAAUGAAGAUUUGAAACUUGGAGCAAGUACAUGGGUGAAAUCCAUAUACAAAAGACAAGCCACUAGUAAGAAGAAUAAUAUCAAGUUUGAAACUUCAUUGCUGAGACUUAUUCAUACUAUUGCCCAUACUCUGGAAUUUGGAGAAUUAAUGAAUCAAAAAGAUGCAAACGUUGAUAUAUAUUUGAAAGCAUACAGCUAUGCACUGGAAUUCAUUGUAUUGUAUCUUACAGGGGUGGCAACCUCUGAUAAUGUUUCAUUACUUUAUUAUUUCGCUAGUAGAAUCAAACAAUACAGAGAUGCAACCGUGGAUGGAGACUUAUAUGACGUUAAUCCCUUACCGACAGAAGUAACAAAUCUUUAUUGUGUAUCUGAGCUUGCGCAAUGGAUUAUUAAAGAAUUAUGUGACCUUCGUGGUUGGACUUUACAAACCUGGCCAGGUAAAGUCAAAUUGGCAACUGAUCUCUUUGGACCCAUGAAAAGUACAAAAGAGGCACAUACAAUUAUGUCAAAAGUUUAUAUUUCAGAUGAAGUGCAGUCGAAAUUGAAAAGUUUGCUUAAAUAUAAAUUGGCAAACUUCAAUAAGAAGAAGUCCAGAAGUUCUACUAUGAAACUGUCCACAACUUCUGAAGUAUCUAAAAAGAGAAAUCUGACAAGAUCAACAGUACAACGAGCAAGAAAAAGAUCAAAAACAGAGGCAUCUACGAAAUCAAAUGAUUCCAAUGAACCAUCCAGGAAAAGUACAAGAGCAAAGAAAGAAGUAACAUAUGCUGAAAGUGAGUCGGAAGCUGAUUCAGAUGAGUCUGAUGAAUCUAAUGAAUCUGAUUUCUCUGAUUGA